GUGUAUGGUCGGUUUAGCCAGCUUUUGCUUAGCUCUAGCUUAGCUGCUAGUUGUAGCUGCUAGAGUUUGCUCCGAAUGCUGUACGUGAUCACUGAACACUCCGAAGAGGCAUGCUUCUCGUGAGUUGGAGAACUUUGCGGUCGCUGUGCCGCCGCGUCCAUACGAAGCCGUCGGCCGAAGCGGCCAUGGAAUCGGCGCGUGUUCGAAGGCUCUUCGACGGACUGGCCGCCGGCGAACGAGCUGCGUUAGCGCAGUGCAUCACCCUCGUCGAGUCCACGGCUCGGCAGGACCACGACGAGGCGCAGCACUUGCUACAGCUUGUCCUUCAAGAGAACAAGGCGCGCAGAAGGGGCCAGCUGGGUUCCUUUCGCAUAGGCCUCACGGGGCCGCCUGGAACGGGCAAGUCGACGUUUAUCGAAACCUUCGGCAAAUUCCUCACCGGUUCUGGCUACAAAGUGGCGGUGCUCACUGUGGACCCUUCCUCAGCUGUGACAGGGGGAUCUCUGCUUGGAGACAAGACUCGUAUGAUCCAGCUGACCAGGGACCCAAAUGCCUACAUUCGGCCAUCACCGACUCGAGGACAUGGUGGCGGUGUAACCCGCACUACAUGUGAUGCCAUACAGCUCUGUGAAUGCGCAGGCUACAAUGUCGUCCUGGUCGAAACAGUUGGUGUAGGCCAGAGCGAGUACAUGGUGGCUGACAUGGUGGACUUGUUCCUUUUGCUCAUACCACCCGGAGGUGGCGAUGAACUGCAGGGUGUUAAAAGGGGCAUUGUAGAAAUGGCCGACCUUAUAGCUGUGACAAAGGCCGAUGGUGACCACAUUCCUGAGUGCAGGCGCAUGGCUGCCGAGUACAUCAGUGCCCUCAAGUUCAUGAAGCCUCGAAGCCAGCUGUGGAGACCCAAGGUUCUUCAGGUGUCUGCAAAGGCCAACGUGGGCAUCUCUGAAUUGUGGGCUGUUGCGCAAGACUACAGGAAUGCCCUGGAGCCCAAUGGGGAGCUGGGCCACCGUCGCCAACAACAACGAGUGCGCUGGCUGUGGACUUAUGUGGGCUCCGAGCUAGAGCGCCGGCUACGUAGUCAUCCAGGCAUUGCCGCUUGUACAGCUGAACUGGAAAGUGCAGUCAUUGAAGAAACCAUCACACCUGGUCAUGCCUGUGAUGAGCUAAUGUCACGUUUUUUCAAAGGAAACAGCUAAAGAUGCUGCAAACAUUAUUUUACUACACUAGUGCCAGUGGAAAAAUUGAGCCGACUACAGCUGUGCACUCGUUUCCUGCAACUGCAGUCACUCCUCAUACAACGCAGAGUAGCAGAAUGCUGUGUCCACAUCCUAAUUAAAUGAUACAUCGUUGUGCAACAA